CAGGGCCAUUCAUAAAGAGAAGGAAUCUAGGUCCCCUUGGUCAGGCACCUUUGCAACCAUUACUCUGGGUGGAUUUGGAGGUCCAAGUGCCACUUUAUGCACUGAGCGGGGUCUCAAAGUCUAGGGGGGCAUCAGGCUGCAGAAGCAGGCUAGAGGAUUAACAGAGAGCAACAGGGAUGGCCUGGACUGCCUGGGGCAGAGGAACACUUGGGUUUCCACUACUGCUCUCAGGGCUCUGCUUCUGUGCUGCUCAAAGAGGACCCCAGGGUGAGCAGGGACCUCCGGGGCCUCCGGGACCUCCUGGCGUUCCAGGCAUAGAUGGUAUCGAUGGAGACCGAGGUCCCAAGGGUCCCCCCGGCCCUCCGGGCCCUCCUGGGGAACCGGGCAAGCCAGGAGCACCGGGCAAGCCAGGCAUUCCAGGCGCUGAUGGAUUAACAGGACCUGAUGGAUCCCCUGGCUCCGUUGGACCUAGGGGACAGAAAGGAGAACCCGGCGUGCCUGGGUCUCGUGGAUUCCCAGGCCGUGGGAUUCCAGGACCCCCCGGUCCUCCUGGGACCACAGGACUUCCUGGAGAACUUGGCCGUGUAGGACCCAUUGGUGACCCUGGGAAAAGAGGACCACCCGGCCCUCCUGGACCCCCAGGACCUAGUGGAACAAUUGGAUUUCAUGAUGGAGACCCAUUGUGCCCCAAUUCCUGCCCGCCAGGUCGUUCUGGAUAUCCAGGCAUACCAGGCAUGAGGGGCCAUAAAGGGGCGAAAGGAGAAAUUGGUGAACCAGGAAGACAAGGACACAAGGGUGAAGAAGGUGACCAAGGAGAACUGGGAGAAGUUGGAGCUCAAGGACCUCCAGGAACUCAAGGUCUGAGAGGCAUCACGGGCAUAGUUGGAGACAAAGGAGAAAAAGGUGCUCGAGGAUUUGAUGGAGAGCCUGGACCUCAGGGCAUUCCUGGUGCAGCUGGUGAUCAAGGACAGCGAGGGCCUCCAGGAGAAGCAGGUCCUAAGGGAGACAGAGGCCCUCAAGGUUCCCGGGGACUUCCUGGAUCUCCUGGGCCAAAAGGAGACACGGGCUUGCCAGGUGUAGACGGUCGAGACGGAAUACCUGGGAUGCCCGGAACAAAGGGUGAAGCAGGGAAGCCUGGACCUCCCGGUGAUGUGGGAUUGCAGGGUUUACCGGGCGUACCUGGGAUUCCUGGUGCAAAAGGUGUUGCUGGUGAAAAGGGUAACACAGGUGCUCCGGGGAAGCCUGGUCAGUUGGGAAGUUCAGGAAAACCAGGCCAACAAGGGCCUCAGGGAGAGGUCGGGCCUCGAGGACCCAGGGGCCUUCCUGGCAGUAGAGGGCCAGUAGGACCAGAAGGGUCCCCAGGCAUUCCGGGUAAACUGGGAUCUCCUGGUAGCCCUGGCCUUCCGGGCCUGCCCGGGCCCCCUGGACUUCCUGGAUUGAAAGGCGACAGGGGUGUGUUUGGUGAACCAGGUCCUAAGGGUGAACAGGGUGCCUCUGGUGAAGAAGGUGAAGCAGGAGCAAGGGGUGAUCUUGGAGAUAUGGGACCACCUGGCUCAAAGGGAUCUGUGGGUAACCCGGGCGAACCUGGCCUGAGGGGGCCUGAAGGAGUCAGAGGGCUCCCUGGAGUGGAAGGACCGAGAGGCCCACCUGGCCCGCGAGGCGUGCAGGGAGAACAGGGUGCCACUGGGCUGCCUGGUAUCCAGGGCCCUCCGGGCAGAACACCAACGGAUCAGCACAUCAAGCAGGUUUGCAUGAGAGUCGUGCAAGAGCAUUUUGCUGAAAUGGCUGCUAGCCUCAAGAGACCAGAUGUAGGAGCCUCUGGCCUUCCUGGGAGGCCUGGUCCCCCAGGGCCUCCAGGACCCCCUGGAGAGAAUGGUUUCCCUGGUCAGAUGGGAAUCCGUGGCCUUCCAGGCAUGAAGGGUCCCCCUGGGGCACUUGGCUUAAGGGGACCUAAAGGUGACUUGGGAGAGAAAGGAGAACGUGGCCCUCCAGGAAGAGGUCCUAAGGGUUUGCCUGGCUCCAUAGGUCUCCCAGGUGAUCCAGGACCUGCCAGCUACGGGAAAAACGGCCGAGAUGGAGAGCAAGGUCCCCCGGGAGUGGCAGGAAUUCCUGGCGUCCCGGGACCCCCGGGUCCUCCGGGCCCUCCAGGUUUCUGUGAGCCUGCCUCUUGCACCCUGCAGUCUGGUCAAAGAGCAUUCAGCAAAGGGCCUGACAAGUGAAAGCCUUAGCAUUAUAGGCCCUCUACACAAACCAUGCCCGGUAGAGGAGCGUGGAGGAGAAGCAAUAUCCACCACUGGGAGAAAGACCAAAAGGUUUCACCUCUGACAUGAUUACACAAGUCCUACUUGACAAUCAGAUUUAGAACCAUGGUGCUAUUCAGUGAUCCUCUUCCUUGUCCAUGGAAGGAAGACAGGACAGUCAUCGGACAAAAAUAAAAUUCAAUUUCUUUUGAGCCAAACUUACAAUCCUCUUCCCAGGAUCUUGAACUUUACUGUGCUAGGAUAAAUAUGUGAUGUAUUGUGGGAUACUGUGCGGAUAACAACAACGAAUCUGUUUAGUUUACCUCAAUUGCUGUCCUCAUCUUCAUUUCAAUUUACAUAUUGUUCUCAGAUUAUUAAUUCAGUUAUAUCAAAUAUUGCUAGGAUAGUGAGGAAAAAAACCCCACUAUAUUCGACAAAAUUGGUGCUUAAAAUCUCCACCAGGGUUGUGUCACAGAAGUGAUCUCUGUACAGUGUGUGAUGGUUUUCAUCUUUAGUCUGAAUUUGUGAGUAGCACGUACUAUAGCCCAAACCCAUUCAUGCUUUAAGGUCUUCUAUAUGAAAGCAAAGAGUGAUUUUUAAUACCCCGAGAUGCAUACGUUUUAUUGCUGACAUUAUUUAUUUUAAAAGUUUGGGGUAACAUGUCUGGCUGUACCAAAGAACAAAUAAACAUGGUUUCAUAAUCUUUUGUAUGUUUUCAAAUAUAUAGUCAUGUUAAAUGUGGUUACAUGUUGAUUGAACUCGUUUAGAUACAUUAAAAUUUUGACUUCCCAAAUUUUAUUUUACUAGUUUAUUCCAUCUGGAGAAAUCUGAAAAGUUCUUACUG